CAUAUCUCAGUUGUUUUUUUCGUGACACAGUAAAAUGCUUCUAAGACUACUUUUGCUAGCCGUUUGCGUACACUACGCAACAAGUAAUUUCUUGAGUGUGCAGGGAAGAAAUUUCAUGUUUGCUGGUCAACACGUCCACUUAUCGGGACCGAAUUUAGCUUGGUAUCGCUAUGCUUGGGAUUUCGGGAAUAAUGAGUAUUCGGUUAGUGGACCUGUACUUGAGCAAUGGGUUAGAGAAAUUAGCGCAGCUGGUGGAAACUGUUUGAGAGUGUGGAUUCACAUCGAGGCAGAGCACACACCUGAAUUCAAUGCUAAUGGUUUCGUUAUUGCGCCCGAUCGACUUGGAACUAUAAUCAAUGACAUGUCCAGAUUUUUGGAUAUCGCUGCCGCUAAUAAUGUGUUCGUUAUUCCCGUUUUGUGGAAUGGGGCUCUAAUGAGAAACCAGAGAUAUCGCGAUUUAUUGUUGGAUGAUGCCAGACUUCAGAGCUUCAUUGACAACUCUCUGAUUCCUAUGGUUAGGGCAUUGAGCACAAAAAGAGCACUAGCCUCAUGGGAAAUCAUGAAUGAACCAGAGGGCUCAGUCUUGAUCGCACCUGAUGCAAACCCAUGUUUCUCAACAACUAUUCUUACCGGUACAGGAGCUGGUUGGACUGGUGUUGGUAUCCCAAUGUUCAGAUUCUUACGUUUCAUUAACAGACAGGCAGGAGCAAUUAAAAGAACGGACACCAAGGCGCUUGUAUCUACCGGUUCAUGGUCAGAACUUUCUAGAACCGAUGCUUUUGGCAAUACGCACAACUACUACAAAGACACUUGCUUGAUUCAAGCUGGAGGUGAUCCCUUGGGAACGCUUAGCUUUGACCAGAUUCACACAUAUUCUUGGGAAGGACGAUGGAACAAUGCUUCACCUUUCAGACAACACGCGAAUAACUUCCAACUUAACAAACCCCUUGUGAUCGGAGAAUUCAGUUCGGCCUGUUCUGAAAACGAAGGAGUUGAUGCUUUGUGGAAUCAUUCCUACAACAAUGGAUAUGCAGGCACUUGGUCGUGGCAAUACAACGCAGGUGGUCAUUGCAGUGAUAACCAGGCACAACAGCGACAGGGAAUGACGAGAAUAAGAAACUAUACCCAUAAUGGACGUAUUGCAGUUAAUAUCAAUGCUUGAUUUUGUGCACACCAUCUACGGUUGACCGAAAUAAAGUAUUAAAAUUGAAGGAUAAAAA